AUGAUAGAAUCAGAGAACCCAAAUACGUUAGAUGAACCAGUCAUUCAAACAAUUCUUAGGGAUUUAAAAAUGAUUGGAUUUAAAUUAUAUCAUGUUAUUUUACCAAGAGGAAAUGCAGCUAAUGUUUUAAGAGAUUGGGAUUUAUGGGGUCCUUUAAUUUUAUGUUUAGUUAUGGCAAUAUUUUUAUCAAUUUCAGCUUGAGAGGAACAAAAAGCAUUAGAAUUUACAAUUGUUUUUGUUGUUGUUUGGUGUGGGGCAGCAAUUGUUACAGUAAAUGGGCAAUUAUUAUGUGGUAAUAUAUCAUUCUUUCAAAGCGUUUGUAUUUUGGGUUAUUGUAUAUUCCCAUUAACUAUAGCAACAAUUAUUAUAUGGAUCAUUCAAAAUUUUACUAUGAUAGUUAAAUUACCAAUCGUUGGUGGUGCUUGGUUUUGGUCUUCAUUUGCAUCAUAUGGAUUUUUAGGAUCAUCAGUUCCAGAAUCUCGUAGACUUUUAGCAGUUUAUCCAGUUUUAUUAUUUUAUUUAGUUAUUGCUUGGUUAGUUGUCGUACAAUAG